AUGGGGUUGCCAGAGCAAAUCGUGUCAGAUAACGGGCCCCAAUUUACCUCCGAAGUGUUCAAACGUUUUGCACAGUCCAACGGCAUUCGCCAUAUCAUGGGCGCACCGUACCACCCUUCUACAAACGGAAUGGCUGAGCGUUUGGUUCAAAGUUUCAAGCGCGCUGUCAAGGCAGACUUGACUGGUCGAGACUUACAGCACAAACUUGAUCGCUUCCUCAUGGCCUACCGUGUUUCACCCCAUGCCACCACAGAACAGAGUCCCRCACAGCUCCUUUUUGGGAGGAACCUGAAGACAAAGCUUGGUCUGCUUAAGCCUGACGUGAAGAGACAAGUUGAUAAAAAGCUCCUCACAAGCGAGACCAAACCCAUGAAAGUGUUCACUGUUGGAGACAAGGUUUGGGCCAGAAACUUUGUUAGUGGUGUCAAAUGGGUUCCAGGUGAAGUCGUUAAACAGGUGGGUCCGGUGCUAUAUCAUGUUAGUGCCAAGGGCAUGGUCUGGAAGCGGCAUGCUGAUCAAAUCUGCAGUCUGUGUACAGAUUAUUGUGGUGUUYUGAAUGAAGAAGCAAUCAAGUGUAACUUUCCUUUGAUCUAUGAACUACUGGAUGAAAUCCUGGAUUUUGGGUACUUACAAGUAAUGUCAACUGAAACCUUGAAAGCGUACGUGUACAAUCAGCCGGAGCUGGUGGGUAGUUCUGAUCAGUCAGUAUGGCAGUGCAGUGGUGGAACAGUGUAUGGUACUGAAAGAAUGUCACUUCCAAGUUCUGCAGCUAAUAAACCUGUUAUACCACACAAUACAAAGUUUUUCAAAAGCCAGAAAAAUGAGAUCUUUGUGGACCUUUUGGAGAGCCUCACAGUGCUCAUUGGAUCAAAUGGCAAUAUUCUACGCAGGGAGAUUGAUGGCUGUAUUAAAAUGAAGAGUUUUCUGAUCGGAAGACCAGAUGUCAGGAUAGCACUGAAUGAAGACCUGACCAUUGGAUCAACAGACGUACUCUCUCCAGUAUCUUCCAUCGGUGUUCAACUCAAGGACUGUAAUUUCCACGAGUCAGUUGACUUGACAGAUUUUGAUUCAACAAAGACGUUGGCUGUUUCUCCAACCGAUGGUGAAGUUACUGUGAUGCAGUAUAGGAUUUCWGGUGAUCUUCAUUCUGCUCUGCCUUUUAACCUUGUCACAUUUGUUGACGAACAUGAAGCAACGAAAUCAAUGGAGGUCAUCUUGAAGCUUCGCUGUAACAUCGCGCAAAGCAGUUAUGGUAACAAUGUCGUGGUUAGAAUUCCUGUUYCAAAAUCAACAGACUCUGUUUCUUAUACCAUCGCACAAUCUGGACAGUCCGGGGAAUACAAGCCUUCAGAGAAGACCUUCUACUGGACGGUUCGUAAAAUCCAGGGCAGAGCCGAGGUGUCAAUAUGUAUGAAGAUUAAUUUAAAAGAAAAGUUGAAAACUGCAAGAAAAGAAAUUGGACCCGUGAGCCUUGAUUUCGAGAUACCAAUGUACAUCUGCUCAGGGAUGACAAUUCGUUAUCUCAAAGUAUUUAAUAAAGAAAAAGCUACGAAUCCAUUUCGAUGGGUGCGUUACAU